UCGGAACUCCCACAGGCAGAAGCUACUCACUGCAAACUUGACGGAAUUCAAGUUUGAAAGAAAGAACUGUAAAUACCGGAUACACUCAAGACGAGGAAAGGACCAACUUAGAUAGUCUUAAAACUUUUUUUCUUAUUGUUGGGUGCGUGUUUUUCCUCUCUUUAACCAAGCUAACCGGAACAAAGGACUCGCCGCUUCAGAGAUUAACGUUACUUGACAACUUUUUCGGAAAGCCUUCUUUUCACAACAGUCUAAUUUUCUGCUUUCCUGCCGUACGAGCUUUAUGUAUUUGGAUUUAGUAUUUCUGUCGCGCCGUCCUACUAUGGUCAUAAUGGAGGUUCCCACCAUCGACUGCGCGUCUCUCCGUGGUUUGUUGGAGGACGACGUCCAGGGCUGCCUCGUGCUGGACUGCCGCUCCUUCCUGUCGUUCAACUCGUCCCACAUAUCGGGCUCCACCAACGUGCGCUUCAGCACCAUAGUGCGCAGAAGAGCCAGGGGUGGUCUAGGACUUGAGCACAUCGUCCCCAACGAGGACACCAGGAACCGGCUCCUGUCCGGGGAGUACCAGUCUGUGGUGCUCCUUGACGACCGCAGUUUGGACUUGAGCCAGGCGAAGAAAGAUGGGACGUUGAUGCUUGCUGUUACGGCCCUUUGUCGCGUCCCCUGUGGAGCUGGGGUUUUUAUUCUCAAAGGUGGUUUUGACACGUUUUCCACAGAGUAUCCAGAAAUGUGUACUAAACCCUCACCUCCACAGGGGCUCAGUUUGCCCCUGAGCUCCAGCCGUCCUGAGAGCGCAGACCCAAGCUGUAGUCCAUGCAAUACUCCUUUAUAUGACCAGGGGGGUCCUGUGGAGAUCUUGCCUUUCCUGUACCUUGGCAGUGCUUAUCAUGCCUCAAGAAAAGACAUGCUGGACAUGCUAGGGAUCACUGCUCUAAUCAAUGUGUCUGCCAACUGCCCCAACCACUUUGAAGACUCCUUCCUCUACAAGAGCAUCCCUGUUGAGGACAACCACAAAGCCGAUAUCAGCUCCUGGUUCAACGAGGCAAAUGAAUUUAUUGACUCGGUGAGGAACACAGGAGGCCGAGUGUUUGUGCACUGUCAAGCAGGAAUCUCCCGCUCCGCCACCAUUUGCCUUGCCUACCUCAUGCGGACCAACCGAGUGAAGCUGGACGAAGCCUUUGAGUUUGUCAAGCAGCGCCGCAGCAUCAUUUCCCCCAACUUCAGCUUCAUGGGACAGCUCCUCCAGUUUGAGUCCCAGGUCCUGGCUUCGUCUACAUGCUCCUCAGAGGCAGGCAGUCCAGCCAUUGGCAACAGCAGCACAGUCUUCAAUUUCCCCGUCUCCAUCCCUGUACACGCCUCAGCUGGUCAGCUCUCAUUCCUCCACAGUCCCAUCACCACCUCUCCCAGCUGCUGAGGAAGGUGUAGGGAACGCAGACUUUGCUUAGACUCGAACUGCCACUCAUGAGUGACUCUGUAAAGAGCACAAUUAUACACGAUCCUGUAUUUUAUGGUGAUACUGGUAUCACUGGACAGAAUGGGAGCUGAUGUGUUUGGAGUUUAUAGGACUCUGUUGGCCAAAUCUCUCGUUAAGUUGGCCUCAUCAUUUCAAAGGGAGAUGACUGAUAACUACCAUCAGGCAGUAUUCUUGUUUAACCUCCUAAAUGUGAAAGUCGUCUGCAGUUUUAAUUAUAGAUGGCUUGGGAAAUGACAGAAAGAGGUAGUUAUUCCUGUAGAGGAAGUCAGAAGUAUCUGAAUAAUCUUUAUUCAAAGAACUGAUUUUUUUUUUUUUUUUUUUGAAAGCAGCUGCUUUUGAUAAUCAUGGCAAUUUUUAA